GUUAGUCAUCCGCGUUUGCCUGGCAGAGACCACUCUAUCCUCCGAGGCUCUUUGAUUGUCCUAACGUUGUCAAAUAUCGCGAUUGUUGCCUCACUAAUCACUACGUAAUGUGCCGUGCUGCUUCAAGCGGCGCUGGUGACAGUGCUGAAAGCUGUUGGGUAUGAAGUGAAACGGAACUGAAUUUUUGUACCAUCCGCAACUGCUUCAAGUUCAGAUCACAACAACGAAACUGAAGAUCAACCUCCCAAAACAAGCAAAGUUGCAACACUGAAGACACGUAGAAAAAAACAAACGGAUCACUUCAAGGGUUUAAAACACAAGAAGUAACCAAAUCCUGAAACGACCAAAGAAGACAUCCAUCAGCCCAAUUGAAACGCAGAAGACAAGCAAUCCUAUGCCCAACCAUAUUCUGAGAAGACUAACUGAUCUGAAACCAGAAGUCUGUGCCUACUCAACAGCUUUGACAAAGCACACGUCCCAACGCUGCUCCUAGCCCUCCUCAUCCUCACCACACCACCGACUCACCACCGGGGUGUGGAGUGGGCUGCUAUCUGCUAGUUUUAUUUCCCCCAUAGUCCCCCCCAUCUUUCCCACUCUCUACUCCUCCCACUGUUUUCAUUGUUUUUUUUUUCUAAGCAGUGUUGUUGCACCUGCGUUUGCCUUUUUUUUUGCGCUAGAUUUCUCCCCCUUUUUGCUUUAUGCAACCAUCUAGAACUUGUGCCAGGAACCUGUAACAAGUGUGUGUGUGUUCAACUGUGUGCGUGAAGAGAUCUGCAGGAACUGCAUAGUCACAGAGAUCCUGAGAAUUCCAAGAUUCAAGACGACGAAUAAAGACAUCCAGCGGUGUAUCAUUGGGUGGUUACAUAAAAAAUAGAACUUAACAGUCAAGCAAAAAAAAUCAAAACAAGUAAUCAAGUUCAGCAAGUGCUCAAGCAAGUUUGGUCCGAGUUUAUGGGAAAAUAUGGGCAGCCCCUGGAAAGGCUUUGUUGAGUUUACCUUGCCUGCGUCGCCACCCACCGCGUUUGUUAGCGCUGACCUGAGCAGCACCUCCCCUGUCGGACUCAGCCUGUCGCCAUAUGGCCGAUCCAUGAGUUUUGACCCGGGCAUGCUCCAUAACAAUGGACACACUGCAUACGCCAACGGCACAGGGCCUGGCAUUAGAGAGACUGGCGUAGUGGAGAAGCUCCUGACCUCUUACGGGUUCAUCCAGUGCUCUGAACGCCAGGCUCGUCUCUUCUUCCACUGCUCCCAGUACAAUGGCAACCUGCAGGAGCUUAAAAUAGGAGAUGAUGUAGAGUUUGAGGUAUCCUCUGACAGGCGCACUGGCAAGCCCAUAGCAGUGAAGCUGCUUAAGAUAAAGCCAGAGGUGCUGCCAGAGGAGCGCAUCUCGGGCCAGGUGGGGCCAGACCUGCACGCCUAUCCCUUUACUGUGCUGCAUGGUUAUAUUCAUCCAGUUGUCUCAUCAAUCCCAGUGCACUUGGAUGGAAAGUCUGCUCCCGGUCAGGUGCCCACUGGCAGCGUUUGUUAUGAAAGAAAUGGGGUCUCUAACCCUUCAAAAAUCAACAACUUAAGCUGUUGUGACGUUCCACAGGAAGUGUUCUACCUUACCUACACUCCUGAUGAUGUGGAAGGAAAUAUACACCUCGACACAGGCGACAAAGUCAGCUUUUACAUGGAAACCAACAAGCAUACUGGUGCAGUCAGCGCUCGUAAUAUUCAACUUGUAAAGAAAAAGCAAAUGAGGUGCCAGGGUGUGGUGUGUGCUACCAAGGAGGCAUUUGGAUUCAUUGAGAGGGCUGAUGUGGUGAAAGAGAUCUUCUUCCACUACAGUGAGUUCAAGGGUGAUCUGGAGGCUCUGCAGGCUGGAGAUGAUGUCGAAUUCACCAUCAAAGAUAGAAAUGGUAAAGAGGUAGCCACAGAUGUGAGGCUGCUCCCCCAAGGAACAGUCAUCUUUGAGGAUAUCAGCAUUGAGCAGUUUGAAGGCACUGUUGUCAAGGUCAUUCCCAAGGUUCCCACCAAAAACCAGAAUGACCCUCUACCAGGCCGUAUCAGUUCUCGGAUUGGUUUCACUGACAAGGAACUGCCAUUUGGCGAGAAGGACACCAAGUCCAAGGUGACCCUUUUGGAGGGAGACCACAUACAGUUCAACAUCUCCACCGACCGUCGAGACAAGCUAGAGAGGGCUACCAACAUCGACAUCCUGCCAGAUACCUUCGACUUCACCAAGGAGACUCGUGAAAUGGGUGUGAUUGCGGCUAUACGGGACGGCUUUGGCUUCAUUAAGUGUGUGGAUCGGGAUGCCAGGAUGUUCUUCCAUUUCAGUGAAGUCCUGGAGGAAAGCCAACUGCACAUCUCAGAUGAAGUGGAGUUCACUGUUGUGCCUGUAGGUCCUGUUUAUAAGCUUUAUACAAAAGAUAUGCUGUCAGCCCAGAGGAACCAUGCAGUGCGCAUCAAGAAGCUGCCUAAGGGCACCGUGUCCUUCCAUACCCAGUCUGAGCAGCGCUUUAUGGGUGUGAUUGAGAAGGAAGUUGUGGCAGCAAACAAGAAUGCCAGUCCCACCAAGGGCAAGGAAAAGGAAGCUGAGGAAGGAGUGAUUGCAUAUGAAGACUGCGGAGUGAAGCUCACCGUGCCAUACCAUAACAAGGACCUAGAGGGAGGGGGAUACCCGCAGGUCGGAGACAAGGUGGAGUUCUCCAUCAACGAGGUGAAGCGGACUGGCCAGCAGAGCGCCGUCUCCAUUAGAGUCCUCAACCGUAAUAUAUCCAAUGCAAAGAGACUGCUUGGAUUUGUUGCCACACUGAAAGACAACUUUGGCUUCAUUGAGACAGCAAAUCAUGACCAGGAGAUUUUCUUUCACUACAGUGAAAUGUGUGGAGACUUGGAUAACUUGGAGCUGGGUGACACAGUGGAGUACACCCUCUCUAAGGGAAAAGGAAACAAAGUCAGUGCUGAAAAGGUUACCAAAGUGGCUGCAGUGAAUGGCAUUUGUGAGGAUGUUGGUGCGACAGUGAUGAUGGGGAAAGUCAUCCGUCCCUUGCGCAGUGUGGACCCCUCCCAGACAGAAUACCAAGGGCUUAUUGAAAUCACAGAGGAAGGUGCAACUAAAGGCCAGAAUUAUGCCUUUGGAAUCAUGGGUAUGUCGAACAAAGCCGAUUGUCUGCAGAAAGGAGAAAUUGUGAAGUUCCAGGUUUGCACAAUUUCCCAAACUGGAAAGAAGAUGGCCUGUAAUGUGGUCCCUCAGCGUCGAGCCAUGGUGGAGUGUGUCAAAGACCAGUUUGGCUUCAUCACAUAUGAAGUUGGUGAGAGCAAGAAGCUGUUCUUCCAUGUUAAAGAAGUGCAAGAUGGCCUAGAGCUUCAGACCGGGGAUGAGGUGGAGUUCUCGGUUGUCCUCAAUCAACGCACAGGAAAAUGUAGUGCCUGCAAUGUACGCAGAGUCAGCGAGGGGCCUAAACCAGUGGCGACUCCACGUCCAGAUCGUCUGGUAAACAGAUUGAAGAGCAUCACCCUCGACGAUGCCAGUGCUCCCCGUCUGGUGAUUGUAAGACAGCCCCGCGGUCCUGACAAUUCAAAGGGCUUCAAUGUGGAGCGCAAGACUCGCCAGCCCGGUGUCAUUGACUGAGCAAUACAGAGCCCAACCCUGUUUGGUGUUGGUGGGAUGCUGUCCCAAAGGGCAACAACAGGGGAUAAGGGAAUUUGAUUUGACACAUGCUUGUACACACAAACUCAUACACAAAACAUACGCACACAUACAAUAAUCGGCAUGUGUAAUCUUCGUCCCCAUCGAUAACCUGCGAGGGAACUUUUCUCAUUCCCUGCCUCCCAUGUAUGAUGUACUUGAUACAGAGUUCCACACUGCAGUGUACAUGGGGUCUCUGAGUGCGUGUGUGUGCGUGUGUGAUGUAUCCUAGAAGUGAUUAUAGUGUGUAACGGAGGUAUUUGUUUCUGAGGGUCUUGUCCCUCUAAAUCAGAGUGACGACUGUGUGGCUGUCUAUGUCCCUAUUGUUUGAAUCUGCUUUGUCUGGAAUUCUGCACCUGUAAUCUGUCCAGUGUUUUGCCUGGGUGAAUGAGUGUGACUGUUGGCAUGUCUUUUGAGCAUCUGCUCCAUGUUUUUUCUCAUAUUUUUGCUCCUUUACCCCUGGAAACUAAAAAUGGUUUCAUUGUCGAGUUUCCACUACUGUAUGCUUUCCUAAAAGACGCAUAAAGCAAAGCAAAGUUCCCUCCAUAAGGAGGAUCAUAUAUCUCAUGUGCGAGCUUAAACUGAGGAUUCUUCUCUGCUCGGUUUUUUGAGCAGUUUUUAAAACGCUUUAUUGAAGAGCUGAGGUGAAAGCAUGGUGUGUGUGUAUGUGUGAUGUAUGUGAAUGUCAAAGUAGUUAAUCUGAUGGGAUUUACUUUUACCAAUCUGGAGCCUUUAGAUACCUUUUUGGUAUUCACAUGCUCCACUUAAGCAAUUUUUUCCCAGGUGCAGAAUUCCUUGUGGCAUCUUAUAUCUGCGGUUCUUUUAUACUAUGUUUUUUUUUUUUUCUUCUUGCACAUAUUUUUGCUUUUUUCCAUUGAAACUCAAUCUGCUAAUAUUGAAUUAAGUAAGAAUAAGGUGCCUAAAAACUACAAGCAAAAUGGAAAAAAAAAAAGAAAAUAAGAAAUUAGAUGUAUCCUCUGUUCCCAGCCAACCGCCAAAACAUUGAGAACAAUCUUAGGGUGGCUUUCUUUUCUAGUAGAAAUAAUACUGAUAUGCAUCCCAAACCUGUGGGUUGAACUAUACUGUAUGUAAUGUGUGCUUUUUUGCUUAGUGAAAGUUCAUUGAAACUUCAGAUAUAACAAAACAAAUUUAACUUAAAGGAGAAAAGUAUUAGAAAUUCAGUUUAAAAAAAAAAAAAAAAGAGAAAAAAAAGCAUUAAGAAUCAGGAUACCAGUUACUGUGCGCUUGGAGACAUGGUGGGCGAGCUGUUGUGCCUCUGCACAUUAAUUACAGUCUAAAUUAAUUUCAACUUUGGAGAUCACCGGGUUUCAGUUGAACCACAAACAGAGGUUCUCAUGUACUUUUGUUAAUGGUCUUGAAUGAAACAAUUGAAUUAAAGUUUUAUGAAAAUCA